AUGAGUUCGACUAAUGUAAUAAUGAAAGAAAACAGCAACACUGAAGUGAACUCAGUAAAGUCUCCUAGAACUACCACAGCACCCGUCAAACCCCGGAUUCCGUUCAGUGGUGCUGUUAAAUUAUCAGGUUCAAACACGCAAAAGACAACUCCAGGUACCAAAAAUUCCAUUGGAACCAAAGAACCAACAAAAACUUUAACAAAAACUUCCACACAAACUACAAAAUCGUCUUCCCCUAAUAAAGUUUCACCAAUAACUUCAAAAUCGACUCGUGUCAAAAAUAACACUAAUGAUCCGACGCGUCGAACCUCAAAUGGUCUAAAUAUUUCAAAUCCCCGUGUUCCACAAGUCGUACCUAAAGUAUCCUCUAGUAAAUCAUUAGCAAACGAAUCCUCUCCAAAAGCAUCCACCACCAUUAAAUCCCCAACCAUAACUCCUCGUAAAACACAUCGUUCCACUAAAAGCAUGCCUCCUCGGAUAAACACAACAAAUGCUUCAAAUAAUAAUUCACCACCAUCUCCCAUUAAAAAACGACGGCCAUCUCAACCUGAACUGACACAGAACCCUACUUCAUUUAAAUCCCCUAUUGACCUGUCCCAUGUAAAAUCACGUGUAGGAUCUCUGGACAAUAUUUCCUAUACUCCAAAAAGCGCCAGCAACGGUGAGAAGAAGAAGGUCUUUUCCAAAAAGGCGGAUUAUUCUAACGUGAAAUCACGUGUCGGCUCCCUUGAUAAUAUUAAGUAUACGCCAAAAGGUGGUGGCACAAGUAAAAGAGUUUCUUCUAGUAAUAGCUCUGAUAUUGAAUUUUCUUCUGCUUCAUCAACUUCUGACAUCUCAUCUCGAAAUGAUCCAAAAAUCGACAAUGUUAAAUCUUCUAUCAAUCGCGAUAAUAAUAAUGAAAAAAAUAAAGGCGGAGAUGUGAAGAUUUUCUCAAAGAAACCUAAAUUCACGUCAGUGCAAUCGAAAGUCAGCUCUCGUGAGAAUAUUAACUUCGUUCCAAAAAGAAAAAGCAAUCCUCAAGUCUUUACGUCAAAAUUAGAUCUCAAGAACGUGAAAUCGCGAGUUGGUUCUCUUGAUAACAUUAAAUAUGUUCCGGGUGGUGGCGACGUAGUUAUUUACAGUGAAAAACUGAAAUUCCGCGAAAAAGCAACGCCAAAAAUUGAUGCUGGAGUCUCUAAAAAUAGCGCCGAUAAUACUUCUUUCUUGGAAGACGAUCGGUUAAAUGCUAUCCUAAGCCCUAGCCCAAUUUCAUCUAUUGCUUCGGAAGAUGUCCCCGAAAUUAACAGCCCACCUGAGGAAUUGAUGAUUCCAACGCCAUUCCGAGUUGCUUUAUCUCCCAUUGCUGAAAUAUUACAAUCGUCACAAGAAGAGGACGAGUCGGAAUAUCAACAAUCAAUUGCUCAAUUGAUCUCACAUUCAGAUGCAUCCCAAAUCUCUCCGGAUAUUGAAAAUAAAACUGCUGUAGUAAAAGGAAAGCCAGCGCCAAUAAGUGAAGAGAAAUUCGAUAAACCGGUAGACUCGAUUACAACAAUUGAAGAACCACAACAACCAUCAUCAUCAUCAACAAUAAAAAGAGAGACGCCUCAAUCGAUUAAAGCAAAGAUCGCAGCUUUGGAAGCAAAGAAUGCAGAAAUUGCAGCACGAAAAUUGGCAGCCAAAGAGAAAUUAAAAGCUGCAGCUUUCGCAACAAAAACCAAAGCAGUUAAUGAUGACGAAGAAAAUUAUCGCGACUUUGUGCAAAAAUUUCAACAAGAAUUUGAGUGUCCUCAAGAUGACGCGGAUAUCAUUUACGCCAUUAAUAAUGAAGAGGAUUCUGAUCUUAAUUUUGAGGUUAACGUCUUACGUAAAUCGCGAUUAUUGUCUGAAUCUAAUAAUCGGGAAGUGGAAUCUCUUUAUAUUCCUGAAAUACCGCCAUUAGCAAUUCAAGUUCCACCUGAAGGCAAUCAAAUUCCUGUUGUACCCGAGUUGACAUUAGCACAGAAACGUGCAUAUGACUCUUCAUGGAUUUAA